AUGGGGAAAGGGGGGAACCAGGGCGGGGGGGCCACCGAGCGCGAGGCGCCGAUGCCCACCUUCAGCUGGGAGGAGAUUCAGAAGCACAACCUGCGCACGGACAAGUGGCUCGUCAUCGACCGCAAGGUCUACAACAUCACCAAAUGGUCCAGCCGGCACCCGGGGGGCCAGCGGGUCAUCGGGCACUACGCCGGGGAAGAUGCGACGGAUGCCUUCCGAGCCUUCCACCGUGACCUUGAUUUUGUGCACAAGUUCAUGAAGCCUCUGCUGAUCGGAGAGCUGGCCCCGGAAGAGCCCGGCCAGGACCAUGGCAAGAAUUCCCAGAUCACAGAGGACUUCCGGGCCCUGAGGAAGACCGCUGAGGAUAUGAACCUGUUUAAGAGCAACCACCUGUUCUUCCUCCUCCUCCUGGCCCACAUCAUUGCCAUGGAGAGCAUCGCCUGGUUCACCAUCUUUUACUUUGGCAAUGGCUGGAUUCCAACCGUCAUCACGGCCUUUGUCCUUGCUACCUCUCAGGCCCAAGCUGGGUGGCUGCAACACGAUUAUGGCCACCUGUCAGUCUACAAGAAGUCCACAUGGAACCACUUCGUCCACAAGUUCAUCAUUGGCCACUUAAAGGGUGCCUCCGCCAACUGGUGGAACCAUCGUCACUUCCAGCAUCACGCCAAGCCCAACAUCUUCCACAAGGAUCCGGAUGUGAACAUGCUGCAUGUGUUUGUCCUGGGCGAAUGGCAGCCCGUUGAGGACUUGGCCUGGGCCAUCAGCUAUUAUGCUCGCUUCUUGCUCACCUACAGCCCUUUCUAUGGCAUCCUGGGGGCCGUCCUUUUCCUCAACUUCAUCAGGUACCUGAGUUGUGGGGACCCAAUGAGCCACGGCACGGGCCACAAGACGGAAGCGUAG